AUGCUUGUGUUAUACAAAGUAUUCACCAAGAUCAUCCUCACGCGCAUAUUCAGGACGCUGGAUGAAGCCCAGCCUCAAGAACAAGCUGGAUUCCGUCAGGGAUUCAGCUGCUUGGACCACAUCCAGACCGUGUCGAGGGUCAAUGAGGUUUGCCGGGAAUAUCGCCUGCCCAUUGUUCUAACCUUCGUCGAUUAUGAGAAAGCCUUUGACAGCGUAGAAACGAAUGCAAUACUGUCAGCGCUGGUCGACCAAGGUGUGGACGCGUCGUAUGUGAGGACAUUAGCCAACUGCUACGAUCGAUGUACCACAAAGAUGCAGCUUUUCAACCACUCCCUCAACUUACUCAUUGGAAAGGGGGUACGACAAGGCGAUGCUAUAUCGUCGAAGCUGUUCACGGCUGCAUUGCAAUGGAUAAUGAAAUCACUUUCCUGGGAAGAAAGGGACAUACGUGUUGAUGGAAGAUUUCUCUCGAACCUUCGUUUCGCGGACAACAUCGGUCUCUUUUCGAGCAGUACCAAUGAAGCAGAAACGAUGCUCAACGAAUUGAACGAAGCAGGGAGGAGAAUAGGACUGCGAAUGAACAGAAAGAAGACACAGUUCAUGAAGAACGCCUACUGCGAGGACGGAGGAGUACAACUUGAAGGCUCCCAAAUCGUGAAAACUUCGUCAUACGUAUACCUCGGACUUUCUAUGAACAUGGAAAACGACUUGAAGGAAGAACUGAAUAGAAGAAUAAGAGCAGCAUGGGCAGCAUUCGCAGCCGUCGGGGAAGCUACGGACCAACUGACGGACCAAGAUCUUCGUGCCUAUCUGUUCGACUCGACAAUUCUUCUAGCGCUCUGUUACGCAGCGGAAACGUAG